AUGGCUAUAUUGCUCAUGUUGGCUUGGCCAUUCAUCCGAAUGUUCUUUAGCUCAAGGCGAUCUUCAGGUGGCCGCGGAGGGGCAAAUCCUUUCGGCGGUGGAGGUCCGUUCACGAUGUUUGGAUUCGGGCAAAGUACAGCGCGACUUAUCAAUAAAAAUGACAUCGAAGUGAAGUUCAAGGAUGUGGCGGGUUGUGAGGAGGCGAAAAUUGAAAUUAUGGAGUUUGUUAACUUCCUGAAAAAUCCUGAGCAGUACAAGAGGCUCGGCGCUAAAAUACCUAAGGGUGCAAUACUUACGGGUCCGCCAGGCACUGGUAAAACUCUGUUGGCGAAGGCAACUGCUGGUGAAGCAAAUGUACCGUUUAUAACAGUGAGUGGUUCGGAAUUUCUCGAGAUGUUUGUGGGUGUUGGACCGGCACGUGUCCGUGAUAUGUUCUCGAUGGCUCGCAAAAAUGCUCCAUGCAUACUUUUCAUCGAUGAGAUUGACGCUGUGGGAAGGAAGCGAGGUGAAGGCCGAUUUGGUGGGCAUUCUGAGCAGGAAAAUACACUGAAUCAGCUUCUUGUCGAAAUGGAUGGUUUCUCGACGGAGGAGUCCUCAGUCAUCGUGAUCGCCGCAACAAAUCGCCCCGAUAUCUUAGACGCUGCACUUCUCAGACCUGGUCGAUUUGAUCGGCAAAUUUAUAUUCCCGUACCCGACAUCAAAGGAAGGUUUGUAUCGUUGCUAUUAUUGCAUCUGAAGACACUCUGAUA